AUGGGUUAUUUCGAAGAAAUUAUGGAGAAAGCUACGGCUCCUGUUGAAGAAAGCAUGAACACGACAGCGCAAGCAGCAGCCAGUGGUUUUCAUCCCUACAAUCCAGCUCUCUUCAGAACGCCUGGUUGUAACGGUACUCCUAUGCAUCUGAUACACUCUUUCGACUGCCCCCUUGAAAGCACCGCAACAUUUGGCGACGUUCUGUUAGGAGAAACUUCUCCUUCGCCUUUCCUUCCAGUGUCCUUCCCCCAGUGUCACAAACACAUAUAUGAGCUCGAAGAUGAUACUCCACGCACAGCCAAGAGGAUGAAGCUGUGUAUCGAAGAAGCAUCUGAUGCGUCAGGGCUUGACAAGGAUGAAAGAGAACCUGCUGAGAAGUUUUCAAAGCUGCACGAACGACAACGCGAUACUGUUUUAUUCAUCAAAAUGCAAGGCAUCGAGAAGCUCCUUCAAAAUGGGGGUCAGCCAGACCUGGGAUCUCGGUAUGCUACACUGCUACUGGAUACAGAUUUCAAGACCUUUUUGUACUCCAAGAUCAUGGCAUGUCUCUUAAGCCCCUGUGAUGCACAGUGUUGA